AUGGAGGUUAGCGUGUCGAAGUUGAACCGCUGCAUGGUUUGCUUUCAGGCGCUCGGGACUUUGGGCGCGAGCAAAGUCGUGGUGGAUCGGUAUUUCGACGGGAAAUGGGAGCCUGCAAAGGGGCAGAGCGCGUCUGAAGUUUAUUUGAGUCUUUCCGGCGCUUCAACGGAUGCGCGCCACCUGGAACGCGGGCAGGUUAACCUUAACCCGUUCGCGAAAGCGAUGGUGGUUUUGCCUUUUGAGUGUCUCGCCAACUUCGUAAGGCACUCCAAAGCUUUCCGUCAAGCGAUGAAAGAAGCCUCGGCAGAGCGCACUCUCUUCGAUCAGCUAGGUUUCCUCGUUUCCGCCGGAGUGCACCGGAAGCUCUCCCCGGAAAACUCGCAGCGGAUCCGAGUGGCCAUGGCUGACGUGGCGACCUCGCUGGCGCUUUCAGCAGACAGCCAGCUGUGGGCUCUCGACAAAGGGGUGCUCAAGCUCGUUGAGGCAGUCUACGCCGUUUCUCCGGCGGACUACCGCCAGGAUUCGUUUCGGCGGGACAGGGCCCCGACGUUCCUCUGCAACGCGAUACUGCUCCACAUGCUGCACACGGAAACCGCCGCGGAAAUGUUGCGCGCGCACAACGCGCUCGUCGACGGAUUUCGGCCCCACAGGCGGAAGAUCAACGACGCAGCGGGGCCGAAAGUCGACCUCUGGAUUUACCUCAAGGGGAAGUUGCAAGGGCGGCGGGUUCGUAUCAUCGAUCCGCGCAACGGUCAGACAUGCCGGCUGGACGUGAAAGCGACCGGAACCGGAACUCCGGUCGUGUGCUCGUGGAAAGGGUGCACGGCGGAACCGGAACCUGUGGGGGCAUCUUUCAAGAGAUGCGCAGGCUGUCAUGUGGCUCGCUACUGCUGCAAAGAGCAUCAGAAGCUGCACUGGCCGACCCACAAGAUCCAUUGCCGGGCGCAUCGCGCUAAGCAAGGAAGACAUGCGUCGUCACCAGCAGGCGGCGAGGCAUCAUCCUCCUAA